AUGGAUGUACCCGGAAGCAGCAUAGAAUUAAAGGGAUUUAAGAGUGCAAGUCCCCCUCACCUCCACCGCCCCUUCCUAGCCCUACCUCCACCACACCCUCAGGUCCUAGCCCUUCUACCUCCACACACCCUCCAGGUCCUACCCUUUCUACCCUCUACCACACCCUCAGAGUCCACCCUUUCUACCUCCACCAACCCUCAGGUCCCUAGCCCUUCUACCCUCCACCACACCCUCAAGGUCCUAGCCGCUUCUACCCUCCACCACACCCUCAGGUCCAGGUCCCUAGCCCCUUCUACCCUCCACCACACGCCUCAGGUCCUAGCCCUUUCUACCCUCACCACACCCUCAGGUCCUAGCCCCUUCUACCUCCACCACACCCUCAGCCUAGCCCUUUCUACCUCCACCACACCUCAGGUCCUAGCCCUUCUACCCUCCACCACACCCUCAGGUCCUAGCCCUUCUACCCUCCACCACACCCUCAGGGUCCUAGCCCUUCUACCCUCCACCACACCCUCAGGUCCUAGCCCUUUCUCCACCACACCCUCAGGCCUAGUCCUAGCCCUUUCUACCCUCCACCACACCUCAGGUCCUAGCCCUUCUACCCUCCACCACACCCUCAGUCCUAGCCCUUUCUACCUCACCCUCAGUCUAUCCACCUCCACCACACCCUCAGGUCCUAGCCCCUUCUACCCUCCACCACACCCUCAGGUCCUAGCCCUUUCUACCCUCCACAACCCUCAGGUCCUAGCCCUUUCUACCCUCCACCACACCUCAGGUCCUAGCCCUUUCUUUCACACCCUCAGGUCCUAG